AUGCACCAAAUCGGAGAAGACAUUAAAGAUAUCAAGUCUCGAAUGUCCGUCCUCACCAAACAGUCGGAGUCUAUGAGUGUAGGAGACAACUCAUCAAGAUUGGUAGAUGAUACCGAUAGGUUAAGAAGAACGUAUGGGCAUGAGGUUGAAAAAUAUUUUGUAGGAAUGAAGGAGGAUAUUAAACAGUUGGAAUCAGUUCUGACAACUGAUGACAAAUCAAAUGGAGUGAUUUCCAGAUGUGGCAUGGGAGGAUUGGGAAACACUCUUGCUACUAAAAUUUACAAUGGGGAGGCCGUGGAGCGGUGCUUCAAAUAUCGUGCUUGGGUUUGUCUAAGUCAGCAAUUUCAACCUAAAACUACUUUCCAACGACUAUUAAAGCAACUUCUUCCGAAUGAAAGUGAAGAGCAAGACGAAGAUACAUUGGUCAGAAAGUUGUACCAAAAUUGCUCAAGGCGUGCCUUUCCCAUUGCAGAGGCAGAUAGCAAAGUUUUGCUCACAACUAGAAAUCAAAACAUUGCUUCCAGAGGAUACGUCCACAAUCUCAAGUGUUUGGAUGAAGAUGAAGGAUGGGAGCUCCUUCAAAAGAUAGCAUUCCCGAACAACUAUUCACAAGAGAUACCUACAACUGAAAUAAAGUUGUUGAAAGAAUAUGGAAGGGAAAUAGUAGAAAAAUGUGGUUAUUUACCAUUACCCAUUUCAGUUAUUGGAGGAACUCUUCAUUAUGAAAAGGCAUCAAUAGAAUGGAAAAAUGUGUGUAGAAAUCUUGAUUCGUACCUUCUACAUGGGAGAGGUUUGGAGAAUGACAGAGGAGUAAGUCAAAUACUAGAUUUGAGUUACAAUGUGCUCCCUUACAAUCUGAAAUCAUGUUUCUUGUAUUUGGCUUGUUUUAAAGAAGAUGAAGAAAUAGAUAUAGAAAAACUAUAUUUACUAUGGAUGGCUGAAGGUAUGAUUUGUUCCGAAGAUAAGGGAAGAGGAGAAAGUUUGAGAGAUGUGGCAGAACGGUAUUUAUUCGAGCUAGCAAAUACGUGUAUGGUUGAAGUGGAAACAGACAAGUUGCCGCUAUAUAAUAGAUUUAAGUCAUGCCGGCUUCAUGAUAUGAUACGAGAUUUGUGUUUGUCAAAAGGAAAAAAAGAAGGAUUUCUGGAGGUUAUAGAUAAAAAGAUGGGAGGAGAAGAGUCUUCAAUUUGUAAAACAAAUAGAUUGGCUAUCCAUAUGGAGGGAGUGGAUAACGAUGUUAGUUACAGGAUUGGGGAAAAUAAGAACAUAAGAUCUUUUCUAUUCCUCAAAACGGACUGGCGAGAUACAUUUUUGUAUAAUUACAUUACGUUUGGGAUUUUCAAAUCUCUCAAAGUCUUAGUAUUGGAAGGUUAUACAUUUGAGAAUCUGAAAUUGCCCAAAGGAAUCGAAAAAUUGAAGCUGUUGAAGCUAUUGAGUCUCGAAAAUAGUGGUGUGGAAGAAUUGCCACCAUCUAUAUGCAAGCUACCUUGUUUGCAGACAUUGAAUGUGAAAAAUACAAUUAGAUUACCUAAUUACAUAUACAAAAUGAGGCACUUGAGGCAUCUAUUUCUGGGAUUUCUUCAUGAGAGCGUUGGAGGUGAAAAAUUGAAAUUAGAAGGGUUGAAUGAGUUGGAGAUGAUAACUGGGUUCAACAGUUUGGUUGAUGACAUCACUCAUCUUCUUAAAUUGCCGAAGCUCCGAGUAUUGGGAGGAAGAAUUUUUUAUGAAGAAAGUUUGUCAAUGAUUGUUGAUCACAUCUUAAAUUAUCAAGAACAAUUUCGCGACGUACAACUUAAUAUUGACAUCGGUGUUAAUAUGGAUUCGGAAGAUGGCUCAACUCUUUUCAAAAGUUUGGUGAUGUGUCACUCACUAUAUUACUUGAGUAUUGCAUAUUGUCGAGUGAGCAAAUUACCAACUUAUGAAGUUCAACUAUAUCAAAAUGUGAUAGAAUUGCAGCUUGUGGAUACAAGGAUUGAGGAAGAUCAAAUGAAAAUACUAGAGAAGCUUCCCAUGUUAAGAGUUCUUGGCUUAAGGCACAAUCCAUAUGUGGGCAGCGAGAUGGUUUGUGAGGCAACUGGAUUUCCUCAACUCAGAGAGCUUUCCUUGAAUGAUUUGAGGAAUUUAGUAGAGUGGAGAGUGGAGAGUGGAGAAAGGAGCAAUGCCCAAUCUCUCUCAUCUAGUUAUUGCAAAAUGCAGUAA